CAUUCUUACGCCAGUCGCGCUUCGGUCACAUUGCACGUAUUUGGUUUUUGGAAAAUUCCCGAAAUCGGUGCAAGGCUGGAACUAAGUCGAUCCUAGCACAAAAUUACUUAAAAGCACAAAUCCCGCAGAUAUAUAUACAAAUCCGCAGAUAUGGCCGACGAUUGGGAAUCUGCAGCAGACAGUGAAGUAGUCAUCCGCCCGAAUGCCGCCAGCGUAAACAAGUGGGAGGGCGAGGACGAGGAUGAGGAUAUCAAGGACAGUUGGGAAGAUGAAGAAGAAAAAAGGGACGAGGAGAAGCCCACAAAAACAGAAGCCCCAACCAAACCCAAGCCUAGCAAAGCGCUUAAGGCCAAACUGGAGCAGCAAGCGCGCCUGGAGGAAGAGGCUGAGGAGCAACGAUUGGCCAACCUUACGCCUGCGGAAAAACUAGCAGAGAAACUACGCCUGCAAAAGAUUCAAGAGGCCUCGGACCUCAAGCAUGCUCAGGAUGCUUUCGGCGUGACGAGUACGUGCGGCGGCCUGGACGCCUUCAAUCCAGAGAGCAAGGAGGAGUUCAAGGAGUUUGGUGCCACGCUUAGCUGGAAGGUAUCCCAGUUACGCGAAUCGGAGCAUUUUCCACAGUUCGUUGAGGACCUAGUGCGCAGCUUAUGCAUAAAUCUGAGUGCCACUGACAUUAAAAAGGUCAAAAUGAACGUGGAGAUCUUGCACUCGGAAAAGUUGAAACUGGAAAAGGCCAAUGCCAAGAAGCCCGCUGGCAAGGGAAAGGGCAAGGUCACGCUUCGCAAUAACAACGAUGACAUUGACGAUUACCAAAAGUACGGAAAUGACUUCACUGGAGACUAUGACGACUUCAUGUGAAUAGGAUUUAUAAAGUAGCCCCCAUAUAUAUAAUUAUUGAAUACAUAGUUGCUUGUUGAACAGUUCUUCUUGUUAGAGAUGCUGCGCAGGAAUAUGAGUCCUUUGUUGAAUAUAAAAUAGCAGAACCUAUAUAAAUAUGUACAUAUAUAUUUAUAUGACCAUACAGAACACAAAAAAAAGUCAAGUCAAGUCAGGCAAUCAAGAAACCUCAACGAAAAUGCAAAUCCAACUCCAAACCGAAAGAAUAUUUAGGCAACUGACUUAUGGCAACUGCAUAUGUCGUAUUCGGAAUGGCUUCUUGUGAAAUUAACUUUUGUAUAAAGAAUAAAAGUACAGAAUCGAUAUUAAACAGUAAAAUAGAAAA